GGCCAUUCCUAGCUAGGUUCUCCUAGAUAUCACUAGUACAGUAGUAGUCGCCUUUCUUAACCCUGUGAUCGUUGAACUUCACAAUCGAACGGUAAUUCUGUAAAAUUUCUAUGAGAUUCCUGCAAACCCAAUAGGGCCUAAAAUGGAGUUCUUUCCUCUUACAAAAGGCCACCACCUAUUGGACAGCCUUUCACAGACACGUCUUCCUCAGGGCUCUGUCUUCUCUCCAAAGUCCAAACACUGAAACGCGCCGUGUUAGUAUAGUGAUCAAGAGCUGAGCCGGCCUGCUCAUGGCUGCCCUCGCGUCCACGCCGCCGACACUCACGCCGCCACGUCCCUCCUUCUUGCCCCGCCGGCCGCCGGGGUGCCCGCGCAGGAGAGCGCCGCCGUUCCCUCGGUAUGCCGCCUCCGCCUCCUCCAGGAACAGAGCGCCGAGGCCGCGGCCGGCGUCGCCGUCGCCGGACGCGACGACCGUGAGGAGAGGGGUGAUGAGGGAGUACGUCGAGGCGGCGCGGGAGAUGGCGCCGGACGGAGGGCCGCCGAGGUGGUUCGCGCCGCUCGACCCCGGCGGCGCCGGCGGGCGCGUCCCCGGCGCGCCGACGCUGCUCUACUUGCCCGGAAUUGAUGGAGUUGGCUUAGGGCUGAUCCGGCACCAUGAGAGAUUAUCAAAGAUGUUCGAGAUGUGGUGCUUGCAUAUACCUGUUGAAGACCGUACACCAUUCGAAAGACUUGUUGAGUAUGUAGAGAGGACAGUGAAAUCAGAUAGGUCAAGAGCACCAGAUAGACCAGUGUAUCUUGUUGGAGAAUCUGUUGGAGCAUGCAUUGCUCUUGCCGUGGCGGCGCGAAACCGAGACAUCGAUUUGGUACUGAUCCUAAUCAACCCAGGGACAUCUUUCCAUAAGUCACGGCUGCACUCUCUCUCAGCAUUCUUAGAUUUGGUCCCUGAUCCUUUCCAUCUGAGCACUCCACAGUUCCUAAAUUUCCUGACAGGGAAUUUCAUGAAGAUGUCAUCAACUUUUGACGGAGCUGGUCAGGCGUUAUCAGAGAUCACCACUGGUUUGUUGCCUUCUCUAAUGUUUCUGGCUGAUAUUUUGCCAAAGGAAUCCAUUGUUUGGAAGAUGAAAAUGCUGAGAACAGCGUCAUCAUUUGUAAAUUCCCGCUUACAUGCGGUCAAAGCCCAGAGUUUGGUGCUUGCUAGUGGAAAUGAUGAACUGCUGCCAAGCCACGAAGAGGCUGAAAGGCUACAGGGCACGCUAGAGAAAUGCAGAAUCCGUCACUUCAGGGACAAUGGCCACAAAAUCUUGUUGGAAGAUGAAUUUGAUCUAGCAACGACUAUUAAAGGAGCUGGAUACUAUCGCCGCUCCAGGCAGACAGACUUUGUUUCAGACUAUCUACCACUAACUGCUGGUGAGCUUGAAAAGGCAAUUGAUCGCGACAGGGUUCUGAACUUUGCCACCGACCCAGUGAUGCUAUCGACACUGCCUGAUGGGAAGAUAGUGAGGGGACUGGCUGGGCUCCCAAGGGAAGGCCCUGUCGUGCUUGUAGGGUACCACAUGCUCAUGGGGUUUGAGCUUGGACCCUUGGUCACAGGAGUGCUGAGGAACACUGGAAUCCAUAUCCGCGGCUUAGCACACCCAUUUAUGUUCAGCGAGAGUUCAGAGCAGCUCAUGCCGGAUUCAUCGCACUUCGAUCUCCACCGGAUCAUGGGCGCGGUGCCUGUCACUCCGGUGAACUUUUACAAGCUCCUUUCUGAGAAGAACUUCGUGCUGCUGUACCCGGGAGGUGCACGUGAAGCUCUUCAUAGGAAGGGAGAGGAAUACAAGUUGUUUUGGCCGGAGCAGUCUGAAUUUGUGAGGAUGGCAUCAAGGUUUGGAGCAACAAUUAUACCAUUUGGAGUGGUCGGAGAAGAUGAUCUAUGUGAUGUAAGUGCUUCCUUCAAAGUGUUGUUAGACUACAACGAUCUUCUGAAGCUCCCGUUUUAUGACAUCCUUGACAAGAAGCUAAAUGAAGAUGGUCUAAAGCUAAGAACUGAUUCUACGGGAGAGAUAAAAAAUCAAGAUAUGCAUCCCGUAGUGGUUACGCCAAAAGUACCAGGGAGGUUUUACUUCAUCUUUGGGAAGCCUAUUGAAACAAGAGGGAGGGAAAAGGAGCUAAGAGCCAAAGAGAAGGCCCAGCACCUCUAUUUGCAUGUCAAAUCUGAAGUGGAGAGCUGCAUCGACUAUCUGAAAGAGAAAAGAGAGGAGGACCCUUACAGGAGUAUACUUCCCAGGCUUCUCUAUCAGGCAGCUCAUGGCCCCGGUGCAGAAAUACCGACAUUUGAGCCCUGAGAUGUUCACUUCCAGAAUACCAUUAGUUAGGAUUCAAAUCAAUUGUUUACAUUGUUCUUGUGAGUCUUUUCUACACAUAGUUAUUUUUUUAUGCUUUACCUCAAAAUAACAUGGUCACUGAGCAGUUUAUUCAAACUAGGAAGGUCAACAAAUAUUAAAAUUCAGUUUGGAACUGUAAAUUUCGGAUGUUAUGUACAGUACAUAAGUAGAGAUGCUAAUCUAGAAAGGAGCUCUCAUUC